CUCGUCUCGUUUCGUCUCAUUAUUUCUCUCUUUCAUAUCUCUUUCGUUCGCUCUCGUUCUCUCUUCGCCGCCUCUUCCUUCCUUCUCUUCUUCUCUUUCUCUCCUCUCCUCUCCUUCCUUACCGGCGGUGUCAAAACCCUAAACAUGACCGCGCCGCCGACCUAAUCACCGAGUAAUUCAGCACAAUCGUCUCAAAUUUUCAGGAUGUUUGUCUGCCUUCUUGCUGUGAAGAUAUCAAUUUAUAUUGAACUUAUGUGCACUUGCUAUUAAUCCGUGAAAGUCUGGUUUAAAUUUUAUUACAGAAAAUGGAUCGGCGCGAUACCUCAGGAUUUGUUAGCGGGGGUGGGAUGUACUCUUUUAGAGACAAUCUAACUCUAGUUUUGUAAAUAUUAUUUUUCCGGCCCGGAAGUCAGACAGACUGUUCUGUCGUAGUUAAUUUUAGGUUAGUGUACUAUUGCAUUUAAGCUAUAAGAAUGGAUGAUAGGUUCCAGAACUUGGGUUUUGCUGCUAAUUAUUCUUCAAAUGCAUUUGAGGUUUUGGGUUCUAAGCAAUUUAGGGUAGUUGGAGCUGAGUCUCAUGCAGAUACUAUCUUGUGUCUAAACUCCCCUGGCUGCAUUCCUUUUAUGUCAAGCUCGAAGGGAACUAAACGGAAGUGGAGUUCGAUUGAUCCAUCUGUCUGCCAGCAAGUUGGCUCGUCGCUAUCUCUCGGGCUUGGCCGAUCUUCAAGUUCCUCGGACAGCAAGGGAAGUUCAGCAACUGCUUGCACUACAAUGUCUUCAGCUAAAGAAACUGACGAGGAGUCCUCAAUGGAUCUUGAAUUGGAUUUUUCUUUACAUCUUGGCAAUGAAAAAUUGCCCAGCCCAAAGAAACAUGCUACUUCAAUCUUGAAAGCAUUGGAGGUGCUGCCCAAAGUUGACUUGGAGUUAAGUCUCUCCACUGGCCUCUCUGAAUCUGAAAUCACUAGUGUUCAUCCGAGUUCCAGUUCGCUUCAGUCUGGAGUAGAGAUACCACUAUCAGCUUUUGUGGGUAAUAAUGCAGAUGAAGGAUCAACAUCAUGUCCUUGGAAACAAGGGAUUAUUGUGCCACCAUUGCCAACAUCAUCCAUUGCAGGGGAUGCCAUCCUAUUUAAACAGGUCCCCCAAAAAGUUGAUCCAACUCCCAUUGUUCUGGACCUCUCAUCAAGUGUAUUAAGCACACCAAAAAGCUCAGUCACCUGUACUUCCGGGUUAACAAUACAGCAGCAAUUAACGCAACAUCGCAGCACUAGUUCAAAGACAUGUCAGAUUGAGGGAUGUGGAAAGGGAGCCAGAGGUGCUUCUGGCCGCUGCAUAUCUCAUGGUGGAGGUCGUAGGUGUCAAAAACAAGGUUGUCACAAGGGUGCUGAGGGCAGAACUGUGUACUGCAAGGCCCAUGGGGGUGGUCGGCGGUGUGAAUUCCUUGGUUGCACAAAGAGUGCAGAGGGACGUACAGAUUAUUGUAUUGCUCAUGGUGGUGGUCGGAGAUGCAAUCAUGAGGGUGGUUGCUCUCGAGCUGCCAGAGGCAAGUCAGGACUGUGUAUCAGGCAUGGUGGUGGCAAGAGAUGUCAAAAAGAAAACUGCACAAAGAGUGCAGAAGGGUUAUCAGGCCUUUGUAUAUCACAUGGAGGUGGCCGACGCUGCCAAGCUACAGGGUGCACAAAAGGAGCACAAGGAAGCACCAUGUACUGUAAAGCUCAUGGUGGAGGAAAAAGGUGCACUGCUCUAGGAUGCACCAAAGGAGCCGAAGGGAGCACUCCUUUCUGCAAGGGCCAUGGUGGGGGCAAAAGAUGUGCUUUUCAAAGUGGCGGGGUUUGUACAAAGAGCGUCCAUGGGGGUACUAAUUUCUGUGUGGCACACGGAGGAGGUAAGAGGUGUGCCAUGCCUGAGUGCACUAAAAGUGCUAGGGGACGGACUGACUACUGUGUUCGCCAUGGCGGGGGGAAGCGAUGCAAGUUUGAUGGGUGUGGCAAGAGUGCACAAGGCAGCACUGAUUUUUGCAAGGCGCAUGGUGGAGGAAAUCGAUGCUCUUGGGGCCAUCCAGGAUCAGAAUUCGGCAGCUGUGCGGAUCCUUGUAACUCAUUUGCAAGGGGAAAAACAGGCCUCUGUGCACUCCACAGUGGCCUGGUGCAGGACAAGAGAGUUCAUGGAGGUGCUACCAUAGUAACUUUAGUUCAGGACACCAAACUCGAGAAGAUGAAAGAGGUUGUUCCAGUGGACAUGAACAUUGAUGUGUCAAAACUGGGAAGCAGCUUCACAACUUCAGCAGGCGGCACAAGUUUUGGCUUGAAUCAAUUUGGCGGCCCAAGUAAUUUCUCAGUUGGGGAAGGUCGGGUCCAUGGCGGAAGUCACUUCAUCAAGGUCAGUUCUGUUCUCGGAGCAAGCAGCAACAAAAGUGUCAAGGACGCUCGGGAGCCAGUGAAAUCGUACAUUAUUCCUCAGAAUUGGAUGUAAUGUUCUCUGCUCCUUCUCCCAUCUUAUUCUAUUAGAUUGUCCUUAGUAUCGCAGGGUUUCCUGGCAUGUUCGUCUCAUUUGCAUUUAGUCAGCCUGGUGUCUUCAUAUAUUAGUUAAGUUCUUCUAAGUUGUCAUUCAUUGGUUCUUAGUGGACAGAGCCAUUUGUGCUUUUACAGUCUGGAGUGACAGUUGAUAUAUCAAAGGUACAACACUGUCAGUCAGCAUUGUAGUUGGGUCUUUGGAUUUCGUUCUUCCCUGUAAAUAUUUAUAAAAAAAAAAAAGUCCACUCAGUUUGUUGUGAAUACAGGUUGUGCACCCCCCACCUGUAAGGUCGGUCAGUUUGUCAGACAUUCUGGUUAUAUUAAUAAAGCCUAUCUUUCGGUGCUAGAA